AUUUAUUAUUUAUUUUUUAUUAUAGAUUACUUUCUUUGUUUUAAUUUAAAUUAAAUAAUAAAUAAAUUUGAUAAAAUCUAAAUAUACUAUCGUAAAUACUAGAAGUCAUUACGUAGUACUUAGUUAUGGUAACAUCGAAGAAUAAUGUGUAAAUCUUUGUAAAUAAUAUUUUUAAUUCUUGAAUUAUAACUGACUUUAGUGACCAAUUUGAGACCGUUUGAAAUCCGGUGACCAAUUUAAUAUACUCGGCCCGCCUUGAUGACUCACUUGAUUAUUAACCCAAUAUUUAAAUGGUUACUUCAAACUUCAAGUCAGUAAGAAAAUUAAUUAUAGGGAAAUUCCUACUGGUACCAUUGUAGAAUUGGCUUUUCCAAAUGGUACCAAUGACUAUUUUGGGCUUCCAAGUGGUAACACCCAACUUUUGACUUCAUCCAGCACAUACCACUCCGUUUAGUUAACGUUAAUAAAACGUUAAUCCAUUAUGAUUUAAUUUCAAAAAGUAAUUAAAAUAAAAUGAAUUAAAAGUAAAAAAACAGCUAUUUGGGUCAUUAGUCGGGUCCGAGGGUUUAAUGUCACAGAAUCAAACACGCACAGAGGAUUAGGGUUCUACUGCACGGAGGGGAUUGAUCAAGAAACAGAACAAUACAGUCACUCGCUACUUAUUUCAACACUGAUCAAAGUAUAAGGUAUGCAUUUCACCUUCAAUUACUCUAUAUAAUCGAUACAUAUAUAUCUUUCGCGGCUUAAUUCAUUGUUUUAGAGUUUAUCUGUGUAUAUGUGCGAGUUUAUCUGUGUAUAUGUGUUUAUGUAUGAUAGUUAACUGUUAACUGGUGCAUUGGGUGUAAUAUGAUUGUAUAAUACUCAUAAUGCAUUGGGUGCAUUGGGUGUAAUAUGUGCAGAUGGAGAAAGUAUUAAUUUUUCACUGGAUGGGUACUGAGGUAGAGGUUAAGGUUGAUGUAGAUAAAACCUCAUUGCUGAACAUUAUUGUUGAGUAUGAAGAGUUAGGGAAAAAACAGAGGUUGAGGUUAGAUUAUGCUUAUCCAACAUUUGAUUAUGCAUAUAUGAUGAAGCAUCACAAGUUAGAGUCAGAUAAGGAUUUAAUGAAAAUGUUUGAAAGGUUUUCUGAUGCAAGUGAAAUUCCUAUUUGGGUUGGAACUGUGCUGAAACCAACUCCAUUCUACAAAUUGGUUAUGCAUUUUAAGAGGGCAGAAGAAAGAAAAAAGAGGACUGAUGUCCAUGAAGAUGAGCAAGAUGAGCAUGAAGUUGAGGACAGUUCAUCGGAAGACCUUCAGGACAAUUCUGUGAAUGUAAGGCAACAAGGCAAAAAAAAUUGUGGAGAUCACAGCUAGUGAAGAAGCAACUACAGCAAAAAAGAAGCCUCCUCCAAAAAAGAAACCUCCUCCAAAGAAGAAAACAGCAACCACAGCCUUCAAACCACCAGCCCCCAUAUCACCUAAAACAGCAUUCAAAUCUUUGCCUAUUAGAAGAAGCCCCAGAUUUUCUCCUCUUCCAAACACUACCUCAUCUGAACCCACCAAUCACCCUCCUUCUGAGAUAAUGUUUGCUAUAAAAGUACCUAGAACCACAGCCAUCAGGAAAGGCAUAAGUUUGACACAAGCUACUGUGACACAAGCUACUUUUACUCCAGAAGUGACUAAGAAACCAAAGGCUGCUGCUCCAAAAGAGAAAGUAAAGGCUAAGAGAAAAAUGACAUUUGAUGAGGAAGCUUGUGAUGAAAAUGAGGAGUCUGAUAAUUAGUUUGAUAAUGGUGCAGAGUCAGAUAAUGAUGUCAUGGCUGAGGGGGAUAUCCCAUCUGAUGAAAGAGAGGAGAUAAACUCAAUGCCAAAAAUCAAGGACACUUGGAAAUCUAGUCAGUGGCAUGAUUUUGUUGAUGAACAGGAUGCUGAUGACUACUAUCAAAAGCUAUACAAGAAUGGAGAGCUGUAUACAGAUGAGGAGUUUGGUAAAAUAAAGUUGAAACCAUGGAUGAUUUUUCUGGAUAAAGAUCAUUUUAAAGAGAAAUUGAAAGACUACUGUGUGCAAGAAGGCUUUGCAAUCAAUGUGUUAUGGGCUGACAACACUAGAUAUACAGCUACAUGUUAUGCUGAAUGUUGCAAGUGGAGGAUACAUAGUAGCAGGCUUCCUGAUGGCAUUACCUGGGCUAUUAAGAAAAUUGAGCCUAAUGUGCACACUUGUAGGGGUUUGGAGACAUAUAAUCCACUGUGUGAUGUGAAAUGGGUUGCAUCAAAGUUGAUGGAAGAUAUAAGAGCCAAUCCAGACAUUCCAGGAAGUGCUCUAAAUGAGUUGUUGUUCCAGAGGUAUGGGGUUUACAUGAAAAAAUCAUCCUUGUAUAAUAUGAAAAAGUUGGCAAUAGAGAAAUUAUAUGGUGGACAUGAUCAAUCAUAUGCUGACCUACCUGCUUAUACCAAGGUUAUUUGUGAGUCAAAUCCACAAUCAAAGGCAUUUUUUUCAACUGUGGAGAGUGAAAGCAUCACAAGACAGCUCUUGUUUAAUAACAUUUUCAUUUCUUUCACUGCUAUGUGGAAAGAGUUUCUAGGAGGGUGCAGGCCUUUAAUAGGUGUUGAUGGAACACACCUCAAGGGAGAUUAUGGAGGUGUUCUACUGUCAGCAGUGGCUCUGGAUGCUAACAAUGAGAUUUUUCCACUUGCUUAUGCUAUAGUCAGUGCUGAGGACAAGGAAACUUGGUCAUGGUUUUUCUGGAAUCUCUACAACCUUCUCAAAGAAUCAAGUAGAAAGGAUUGGACAGUGAUCUCUGAUCGACAAAAGGGGAUUGAUAUUGCUUUAUUGGAUGUAUGGCCAACUGUAAAGAGGAGAUAUUGUUGUAGACACAUCUCCAGAAAUUACAAAAAACAAUUUUCUGGUCCCUUGCUCUAUAUUCUGUUUUGGAGGGCUUGUAAUGCCACAUCACAGUUCACAUAUAGGAAGGCAAUGGAAAAGCUGAAAGAAGUGGGUGGUGAUAGUGUCAUGAAAUUUUUUGCAGAGCUAGGAGAUCCUGCUGGUUGGAGCAAACACAAAUUUGAUCCGAAUGUAUUAGAAGAGUGUGCAUGGUAAGAAUUGCCACAAGAAGUCAAGCUGCCAUGACUUGAAGGAUGAUGACCUUUGUCCAAAGAUAAAGAAGGUGUUGAAAGCUAUUAGCAAGGACACUAUAAGCUGCAAAGCAUAUAUGUCUAGUCCAGGAGAGUAUGAAAUUCAUGAGGGUAAAUCUCAUUUUCCUUUAUCUUUAAAUAACAAGAUCUGUUCUUGUGGAGCUUGGCAGAUUAGUGGCAUCCCAUGUAGGCAUGCCAUAAGGGCUAUGGUUCAUGCCAAGAUUGAUCCUCACAAUGUUGUCAGUGCAUGGUACUCUGUUAGGACAUACAAGCUUUCUUAUAGUUUUAGCAUUAACCCCAUACCUGACCAAAGCCAAUGGCCUGCAUAUGAUGAUCUACCUAUUGUCAUGCCACCUGCAAUGAAGAGAGGGGUUGGGAGACCAAGCAGAAACAGGAGAAGGGAAGAAGGAGAAAACCAGAAAGGGAAGAGAGCAAAAACAGUGAAAUGCACUAAGUGUGACUGCCUUGGCCACAAUUCAAGAAUUUGCAAGGGAGGUUUGACUGCAAAAGAAAAGAAGGCAGCAGGGAGUGGACCAAUAGUGGUUAGACAUCCAAGAAUUAGGGAUCAAUCCAAGGCAGGGAAAGCAGCUGCAGCUCUGAAAAAGAAAGCUUCAGAUCAGACUAAAGAGGGCAACACAUCACAGUCCACUGAAAUCAACAUGUCUCAAUGUCCACCAUCUCAAUCCCAGCCUUAAAUCAGACCUCUUUUAUUAUGCUUAUUAUGCUUUAAAUGGUUAAAACAUAUUUUGGGACAUUUGUGAAACAUCUGUAGUUCAUUAUUGAUUCAGACUUGUUGGUUGUUUUGGAUAUUGUAUUAACUUGCUGGUAACAGUAUUUUGGAGGGAA